CAUCGUAUCGUCGGUAGUCACAUAAAGAUAAAAAGAGAAAAAAGAAAAAAUCAUUUCACCCGAAAUUUUCUGCACAAAUUUUUUUCUUCAUCGUACAAAUAUCUAAUACACGGGCGUAAUACAUCUGUUCUUUUUUCUUUUAAUUUUUUGUCAAUUUUCAUUUAUCUUAUUUAUAAUCACUGUCAUUUUAUAUAUUAAUAAUUCAUGUACCUGGAUUUACAGUGUAUGUAGACACCGUACAUAGGUAUAUAUCUGUAAGAUAUAUUGUGAACAGUUGCAUUCAGUUAAACGCUGUGCGGAGGAAUCGUAAAUUUAUUUUACACCCUGCAGCCGAUACUACGAAUAUUUCUUCAAAAUGUCAGCAAAGGCAAUCCGCGAGGCUACGGGCAAGGCUCUGAUUAAUCGUAACCUUGCCAAGGGUACCGCAGCAGCGAAAUGCCGGUUCGUCGCCAUCGACGAGAACACAAACUGGGUGCAUAUUGCCGAUGAAAAUCCGUGGCUCAAAACCGAAAAACUAGUGGUGAAACCGGACCAGCUGAUCAAACGUCGUGGGAAAUUGGGACUGAUCAAAGUCAAUGCUGACCUUCGCACUGUUCAAGAAUGGGUCAAGGAACGGAUGAACAAGGAUGUACAGGUCGAAAAGGCAACGGGAAAAUUGAAGACGUUCAUAAUCGAACCAUUCUUACCUCAUAAAGACGAUGAAGAAGCGUACGUUUGCAUAUAUUCCCACCGCAAAGCGGACACAAUUUUGUUCCAUCAUCAGGGUGGAGUGGACGUUGGUGACGUAGAUGCCAAAGCUCUAAAAUUGGAUGUACCGGUGGGAGCAUCUGCCCCUGACCAGGAUACAUUGAUAGAUAAAUUGUUAAUCAACGUAUCCCCGACUAAGAAGCCGAUGAUUGCCAAGUUCAUCGAAGCUCUCUACAAACUAUACGUUGACCUCUACUUCACUUACUUGGAAAUAAAUCCCCUGGUCGUCACCAGCGAGUCGAUAUACGUUUUGGAUCUCGCUGCGAAGCUUGAUACGACCGCUGACUUCAUCUGCCGACCUGUCUGGGGUGAAAUCGACUACCCACCUCCGUUUGGCCGCGAUGCUUACCCCGAAGAAGCGUACAUCGCGGAUUUGGACGCCAAAUCUGGCGCUAGUUUGAAAUUAACAAUCCUGAACAGGAGUGGGCGCAUAUGGACAAUGGUCGCCGGCGGAGGUGCCUCUGUCAUUUAUUCCGACACCAUUUGCGACCUCGGUGGAGCUUCGGAGUUGGCAAAUUACGGCGAGUAUUCUGGCGCCCCUAGCGAACAGCAAACUUACGAAUACGCAAAGACCCUUUUGAGCCUGAUGACCAAAGAGAAGCACCCCGAUGGAAAGGUAUUAAUAAUCGGGGGCGGUAUCGCCAACUUCACCAACGUCGCAGCGACCUUCAAAGGUAUCGUCAAGGCCCUCCAGGAGUUCCAGCAAAAGUUGAUCGAGCACGAUAUCAAGAUUUUCGUCAGGAGGGCAGGACCGAACUACCAAGAAGGUCUGAGGAUCAUACGGGAAGUUGGAAAGCGCCUAGGAAUUUCCGGCUAUGUUUUCGGGCCCGAAACGCACAUGACAGCCAUUUGUGGCAUGGCACUGGGCAAGAAACCGAUUCCUGACCCAGAGGCGCAAGAGUUUUCAACGGCAAACUUUCUCCUUCCCUCCGGGCAAGACGUCGGCCCAGCAGCACCCCCAAAGUCCACCUCUGGCUCACCCGCUGCUGAGCAAAGACUCAAGACAAAUGAUAACGUGGAUUCGUCCGGUGGGCAAGAAUUGUUCAGCAAUAAAACUAGAGCUAUAAUUUGGGGGAUGCAAAACAGAGCUGUUCAAAGUAUGCUCGACUUUGACUUUGUCUGCAGGCGAACGGAACCUUCCGUAGCAGCGAUCGUGUAUCCGUUCGUUGGCGAUCACAAGCAGAAAUUUUACUGGGGCCACAAAGAGGUGCUGAUCCCUGUUUACAAACACAUGAAAGACGCCAUGAGCAAGCAUCAGGAUGCGGACGUCAUGGUGACCUUUGCCUCCCUCCGUUCGGCGUACGACAGCACCGUCGAGACGCUACAAUUUCCCCAAAUCAGAACCAUCGCCAUAAUUGCCGAGGGAAUUCCUGAAAACAUGACCAGGAAAUUGAUACUGCUCGCGCAGGAGAAGGGGGUUACCAUUAUAGGACCGGCGACCGUUGGAGGAGUGAAACCAGGUUGCUUCAAGAUCGGAAACACCGGUGGCAUGAUGGAUAACAUUCUGCACAGCAAACUCUAUAGGCCAGGAAGCGUCGCCUACGUCUCACGAUCCGGGGGCAUGUCGAACGAGCUGAAUAACAUAAUUUCGAAAGCGUCCAACGGGGUGUUGGAAGGUGUGGCUAUCGGUGGAGAUCGUUACCCUGGCACUAAUUUUAUGGAUCACAUAAUGCGUUACCAGGCUAAUUCUGACGUGAAGCUCAUCGUUCUACUGGGUGAAGUGGGGGGUGUGGAAGAGUACGAAGUCUGCGAAGCUCUGAAGGCAAAGAGGAUAACGAAACCGCUGGUGGCUUGGUGCAUAGGCACCUGCGCGAGUAUGUUCAAAUCCGAAGUACAGUUUGGACAUGCGGGUUCGAUCGCGCAUAGCAAUCUAGAAACAGCCUUGGCAAAGAAUGCGGCACUCAAGGCCGCAGGAGCUUACGUCCCGGAGAGCUUCGACAACCUUGGUGACCUUAUUCAGGAAGUCUACCGAGGACUGGUCACAGCUGGGGUCAUCCACCCGGAGCCAGAAGUCCCACCACCCACUGUCCCCAUGGAUUACAGCUGGGCCCGGGAACUUGGCCUGAUUCGGAAGCCGGCGUCGUUCAUGACAUCAAUUUGUGACGAACGUGGCCAAGAGUUGCUCUACGCCGGUAUGCCAGUUACCGAAGUCUUGAAACAGAAUGUGGGAAUCGGUGGGGUAGUUUCUCUGUUGUGGUUCCAACGAUGCUUACCUCCUACCUUCUGUAAAUUCCUCGAAAUGUCGCUGAUGCUUACCGCCGACCACGGUCCAGCUGUGUCGGGUGCUCACAACACUAUAGUCUGCGCUCGAGCCGGAAAAGAUUUGGUCAGCUCGCUAGUUUCUGGAUUAUUAACCAUUGGGGACCGAUUUGGAGGAGCUCUCGACGGGGCUGCUCAUAUGUUUUCCGAAGCUUACGACGCGGGUCUUCAUCCGCAAGAAUUUGUGAACGACAUGCGGAAGAAAGGAAAACUGAUCAUGGGCAUCGGUCAUCGCGUAAAGUCCAUCAACAAUCCGGACAUGCGAGUAAAACUCAUAAAGGAAUUCGUUUUGGAAAACUUCCCUGCCAGGCCGCUUGUAGAAUACGCUUUAGAAGUUGAAAAAAUUACGACUAGCAAAAAGCCGAAUCUUAUUCUCAACGUCGACGGUAUGAUCGCGUGUGCGUUCGUCGAUAUGCUCAGGAAUAGCGGAAGUUUCACGAGGGAAGAGGCACAAGAAUACAUAGAAAUUGGUGCGAUCAACAGUCUCUUUGUACUUGGAAGGAGUAUCGGUUUCAUCGGUCAUUUCAUGGACCAGAAAAGAUUAAAGCAAGGACUCUACCGCCAUCCAUGGGACGACAUUUCAUACGUCUUGCCCGAACAGUACAAUUAAACAUAAUUUCAUGAACCCUAAUAUUUGUCAUAAGCACAUAAUAAUUUCCAAGGUAGUUAUAUUAUCGAUUAAAGUAUAGAAAUUGUCAUAGUUCGACGUGGGCGAGGAGCGGUUUUACGAGCUUACAUGAACUGAAAACAUGCCUCAAUUCGUACAUGAUCUUUCAUUUGCAGAGUUCUUAUAAACGAAUCUGAGUUUUUAUAAACGAAUUCAACUUACUCAGAACCAAGUUGAAUCGCUACAAGUACAUUCCACGAAAAUUUUGCACCUAGCCCCCACGUACGCACGUUUACCUUUGGAACUGACGAAUUAAUAAUUGAUGAGGUUGUUGGCCUGUAAUAGAAACGCAUACGCGCCUGUUCCCAUUUUCUGGCGCUUUGAACGUCCGAAACUUGAAACAUUUCGAAUUCUAUGUGUUAUCUAAUAUGCUACACCUUCUGAAAUUAUUCAACAUUCUUAACGAAUCGCGCAUUGAUACGUCGGUAUGAAUCAUUUUUCGCCUAAGAUUAAUUUGAAAUAUAUCUGGUGUUCGAGAACGAAGCCGACGUCUAUUGAUAAAGGAGGGACUAGAAUUAGGCGAGUGGAAUAAUAGACAGCAGUAGAAAUGAAAAUAAGGUGCAAACGAAAAAGAAUUAAUAUUUGAAAAAAGAUAAACUAAGUGCGGCACAGAAUCGAAAAGCGCAAUCCAAGUCCUCGUAAUUUUACGUGGUUUCGAAGUGGAAUAAGAAUCGCGCCCAGAUUUAUACGGGUUCGCGGAAUAAUUGUGAUACGACGCGUUGAUUAACUCUUCAUUCUCAGUAACUGUUUUUUUUUUAACUACUAUUAUUUUUUUUUAAUCCUCGUUUGGAAUAGCCAGCGCGUCUUUUGCAUGUAAUUAAAAAUAUAUAUUUUAAUCGAAGAACAUAAUAUACUUAUGUAUACAUCCCUUGCUAAUUAUUAAUAACCGACCAUAGCUAACGAUAUUAAUUAUAAGGGUCCUGCUAUUCUGACACCGAUGUAGUAGGUCCUAAGCGAUCGGAGUACACGAGCGCAUUUAAUUGUGUAGAAUAUUUAUAUUCGUAUUAUUAUUUAGGUUUUUACUUAAUCAUCGCAAUCACGUUCGCGCUGAAUGUCUCGAUUGCUGUAAUCAUUGAGUUGAUUAUUAUAAGAGAGAUUAAAAAUGGAUGAAGAUAUUAUCCCCCCUCUGUACAAAUGUUGACCAGAUGCUUUCAGAAUAUACGACAAAAAAGAUCAACCUUAAAAA